AUGCCGAUCCGUCCCCUCGAUGAAUGGGCCGUUGGCCGCACCCAGUCCCUCCCCCUCGCCUCCCUGAAAGACUCGGUUAUCGGUAUCGACGCAUCCCACUACAUCAACCAACAUCUCUUGAACCAGUCAACCCGCGAGGCGCUCCUAGGCGCACUGGGCGGAUUCCCGUUCGCCCUCCGAGCGAACAUCGAGAAGGAACUCCAAGUCCUGAAGAACCUUGGUGUCAGCUGUAUCUUCGUCUUCAAUGGCCUGGAAUUCGGCAAGAAAGAGCAGCGCGCGCGAUCCCAGUCGUCGCGUUCGUUCGAACAAGCUUGGGACCUCUAUGACCAGCAACAGGCAGAUCAAGUCGUCGAUGCCUUUAGCAGUGCCGGAACUCCACCCCCAGAGACACUUUUCCGGUUUUUACAACGAAUUCUGGUCCAAAAUGGCGUUCAAUUCAUGGUAGCGCCCUACAGCGCUGCGGCCCAGCUUUACUACCUUGCCAGUGGCACCAACCCUGUUAUCGAUUCAGUUUAUGCUCCCUCUGAAGCUCUCUUGUUCGACAUUGACAAGCUGAUUACCCGCAUUGACACCGAGCCCGCACAAUUCUUCUGGAUCACGAAACAAACCUGCAAGGAAGAGCUCGGUCGAUUGUCAGAUGAACAGUUCCUGGAAUUCUGCUUACUACUGGGCUCACCGUUCCUUCGAUCCUUCCCUCUCUUUGAGAACCCUGCUUUCCCGGGCAAGAACCCUACGAUCCGUGAUGCACUUCCAAUGUUUAACGCCGCCGGGCGCAGUGCAUUGACACUCUGCGCCCAGUUUGAUGAAGAUCGCCGCAUGCAGGAGCUCCAAUACACAGACUUAUACAAACGAGCCUAUAUGGUUGUGAAGCACCAUGUGUUCAUCGAUGUGGAGGGCCGAGUGGGACCACUGGAUGCGGAAAAUGCUCCUUCGGAUGUACACGAGCUUAUUGGACAGCGACUUCCCGAGGAGCUCUAUUUCUAUUUGUCCAAGGGUAUACUGGGUGCCGAUGUGCCCAACUACCUUACCUCCGGCCAAGUCCGCGUUACGCUACCGCUGGGGACCGAAGACACUGAAAUCUACCGCCAACUCGUGGGUGACACCUUGACGCCUACACGCACUCAGUCUAUGAGCCUUCUGGCAAACUCGCUUCAUCGAUUCUACCAAACCAAGGUGAUUGAAAUUCGGCCGUGGUUCGAUGAGAACUCGGAGCGAUCCAUUACCCUCAAGGGCAUUCCUUCAGUCAAGGAAACCAUCCAGUCGUGGAGACUCCAUGGCGAUAAGCUCCCCGAAGGUGUCAAGAACAUCAAGACGCCUCGUGGGUCUUUCAAAUUUGCCGUGCAGAGUUUGAGCGACUCAGACUUUGUCGCCAAAUCUUUUGCUACUAAAGAUACCCCAGCUUUGUCUUCUCAGGAUGAUAUCUUAUCUAAUGUUAUGUGGCGAUUCAUGCAACUUCGCGGAUAUAUCGACGACAAGCACAAGCUAACCUCAUGGGGACAAUGUUUGUCCCAGGCAUUGUCAGCAAUUGACCCUGCAGACAACCUCGAAGAGGCCAUCUUCCUUGCCAUUGAAAUGCUUCGCCUGAACCUUUUGAACACCAAGCCCUGGUUCUCACACGUAUCUGGAGGUCCUAUGAGAGGAUCGGAAGAGGACAAGACCUUCAAUAUGCUGAUCUCGCGAGUCGCAUGCAUUGCCAAAUUGCAGCACAAGAGCAUUGGCUACUCAGGCCCGCUGAGCCGCCAACUUCUUUGCUACCGCUCAUUGAUUUCUGAGGUCCGCUCCGCCCUGAGGAACUUGGUUGAGGUUGUGUUGGCUAGCAUGCUACUGAGUGGCGAUAUCGAUCGGGAUCGUGAUGAUUGGACUCAAGUGGCUAUCAAGCUUCCAUUCAUUGAUGAUAACGAUUGCGGGCUGGGAAUUGCAGUCCGCACGUACCUUGAUGACCUCCCACUCCAGGCAAAUUCUACGUCCCCCGAGGCGCGUGCCGAUGUGAAGGCCAAGGGCAAGGACUGGUUCCAGCACAGCGAAAGUUUUACCGGAAACUUGGAUCUGGCUUUCAAGCUUUGGGAUGCGGUCUAUGCUGGCACGCAAAAUGCGGGCAGAGAGUUCAAGGAAUCAAAGCUUUGGGAGGACGCAAACAAAUACAACAUGGCACGCCUGAGCUACCUGCUCUUCGGUGCCCUCACAGCCCUCAGCGGCUUCGCCAACGCUGGCUCCGCAGUGAAGGACCUCAUCCCCUCUAACUUCGACGACGUCGUCCUCAAGUCCGGCAAGCCCGCGCUGGUUGAAUUCUUUGCUCCCUGGUGUGGCCACUGCAAGACUCUUGCUCCCGUCUAUGAGGAGCUCGCCCAGACCUUUGCCUUCGCCGAGGACAAGGUCACCAUCGCCAAGGUUGACGCCGAUGAGAACCGUUCGCUGGGUAAGCGAUUCGGUGUCCAGGGAUUCCCUACCGUGAAAUGGUUCGAUGGCAAGAGCGACAAGCCCGAGGAGUACAAGGGUGGUCGUGACAUCGACAGUCUCUCAGCCUUCAUCACCGAGAAGACCGGUGUCAAGCCUCGUUCCGCGCAGAAGGAGGCCAGCAACGUCGAGUUCCUGAACGAUGUUUCUUUCAAGACUACCGUCGGCACCGACAAGGAUGUCCUGGUCGCUUUCACCGCUCCCUGGUGCGGACACUGCAAGAGCCUCGCCCCUACCUGGGAGUCCCUCGCCAACGACUUCGCCCGCGAGUCCAACGUUGUCAUCGCCAAGGUUGACGCCGAAGCUGAGAACGCCCGCGCUUUGACCAAGGAGCAGGGCGUGACCGGAUACCCUACCAUCAAGUUCUUCCCCAAGGGAUCCACCGAGCCCGAGACCUACUCCGGCGCUCGUUCCGAGGAAGCCUUCAUCAAGUUCAUCAACCAGAAGGCCGGUACCCACCGCGCCCCCGGUGGUGGUCUCGACGCCACUGCCGGCACCAUCGCCGUGCUGGACAAGAUUGUGUCCGAGCACGUUGCGGCCCAGAAGCUCGACAAGCUUGUUGUCGAGGUUAAGAAGGCUGCCGAGGGCCUUGAGGACAAGUAUGCCGAGUACUAUGUCAAGGCUGCUGACAAGCUGAGCAAAAACGAGGGCUACGCCGCCAAGGAGGUUGCUCGUCUCCAGAAGAUUCUGGCCAAGGGUGGCUCGGCCCCUGAGAAGCUGGAUGAUAUUGUCUCUCGUAGCAAUAUCCUCAGUCGCUUUGUUGGCGAUGUGAAGCACGAUGAGCUUUAA